AUGUCAAAGAUUGAGAAAAUUGAGGGAAAAAUUAAGAAGAAUAAUAAUGGCAACACUACCACAAGACGUAGGGUUAAUAAAGCGUGUGCAGUAUGUCGAAGAAGGAAAGUUAAGUGUGAUGGAGCUCAACCCUGUCAAAAUUGUAAAAUUUCAGGUUUGUUAUGUUCCUAUGAAAAGAAAAAAGUUGCUGAACAUGUAUCACUAUAUAAACAAGAAGAUGAUAUUAGAAAAGAAUUAGGUUCAUUAUCUCAUUAUAGAAAAGGUCUUGAGAAUUUAUCUGCUGUAGAUUCAAUGCAAUUACAACCACUUCUAACUCAAUUGGAUUCUAAAUUAGAUAAAUUUAGAGAUGAUUUGAGAUUAACACUCUCAAGGAAAGCCACAGAAAGUUACAAUCAGAAAGUGUCUUUGGAAACCUCACUUGUAGAAACAGAUUAUGUCAUGUUUAAUUAUUAUGAAAAAUUGUAUAUGAGUGAGUGUUCUGAAAAUCUGGAUCAUUCUAAUAUUAGCAUAUAUUUCGGGUUGUACUCUGCUCUAACAUUAUUUUCGAAUGGUGGAUUUGGCUGGUUAUUUAAAAAAAUGUUUAGUUCGACACUAGAUCAAGAAGAGACCAAAAAGACUUUUUACUUAUACUUGAAAUUUUUUGACCUAAGUUCUUUAUGGUUCACUAAAAAUAUGAAGCAAUCGGCAGCGCCUUUACAAUGGUGUAAAAAAUACUAUAAAUCUAACCUACCAAAGGAUAUUUCGGAUGCAGAUGUUGUAAUUGACAUAUUGAGUGAUGUACAGAAUAUCAUCAAUGAUAAAAAUAUUAAUUUCAGUGACAUCAAAAAAUUACCCCCAGAGAUUGUAUUAAAUAGAAUCGUAGAGUUGAUGAAGAAGCAUAAAACAUUUUUCUCUUCACCUGAUGUAGAGUUUACCCCUUUACUGAAGAAACAAUUCUUUUUGGCGGAAGAGUAUAUGCACUUGGUGUUUCUUGAGUAUUUUGAGAGAUGCACUUAUACGGUAAUUUACGACAACGCAGUCACAGAAUGCACUCUUUGGUUCUUAGAUGAGUUUUUUUGGAAGGAGGAAUAUGUUACUCUACGAAGGUUUGUUUGUGCAAUAAUUGGUAGAGGUAUAGAUAGCGGUUACAAUAGAUGGGAAUACUACAUAGGUCUCUCAGAAGAGAAGGCUGAUCUUAAAAGAAAACUUUGGUGGAAAUUAUAUUGGUGGGAUAAAUGGAGUUCCCUUAUGACUGGGAAGCCGACUUUAAUACAAGAACAUCAAAUGGAAUGUCUCCUUCCAAGAUCUUAUUUGGAGUGUGGUAUUGAUGAUAAAAUGGAUCCGAAAAUGCUCAUUAAAUCAGCAGAUUUUAAAAAAGCAUACAAAGACGGUAUCUUAAUUGAUAUAUCUUAUUACAUACUGUCCAAAAUUCUUCAGUACUGUUUUGAUGAAAUCCUUUACAAUAAUAAAUUCUCCAGUUACAGAAUAUUUUCUGCUAAUUUCCAGAAUCUUGAUCAAAUUGCUGCUGAACUUUUGGAAAAUACUGGGUUACUAAGUGGCUAUUUCAAAUCACUAGAGGCGAAACUUGAACCUUUUUUUGAUAAUUUGAAGGGGCCUGGAUCCGAUUUGGAUUUUUUUUCAAUCUUCUACUUUUGUACUGCAGAAGCAUCAUCUUCUGUCGGAAAUGUUCUUAUACGUCUCAUGGGUACUGAGAAGGUAACAGCCAAGGAUAAAUUACACGAUGCACAAAUGUCUCUAAGAUCAAUUAGUGUAAACGCAAGUCAAAAGGCGUUACAGAAAUUACUUAUUGUUAAAGAAAAAUAUUACCACAUUAGAAUGUGUAAAAUGGCUACAUUUUUUAUAAUUCGAAUUGUUAUAUGUGCGAUUGAUAGUCCUGUUGAGGAUGUGGUUCUCAAUGCUUCUUUAUUAUGUUCAUUUUUGGGGCACUAUACCCCUAGCGAUGAACACGGUAAACUAUUUGAUGAGCAAACAUCUUAUAUAUAUGAGCAACAACCUACAGUUACUAUUUUGUUUUCAUUUAUUCUUGUCAGGAUUUAUUUGCAAACUUGUUUAUUUGCAGCUAAUCUAUCAGUUGAAGAGUUAGCAAAUCAAUUAAAAACGAAAAGUGAAGUUGCUUAUAAUAUGUACUGUGAUCUACUAGAUACUUCGUCAAGAUGCUUCGAACCACUCUUACAUGAUAUUGAAGUUAGCCACAUGCAUAGAUCAGUACUAGAACUCGUCAACAAAGCUACGGGUACUCAAUUUUUCGCAAACUUCAAGAAACCGGUGACUAAUGAAGAUAUAACAGGUACUGACCAUAGUAGUAUCUCAUCCAAUAUGUCGCAGGAUGAUUUGCUUUCGUUGAUAAAUUUAGAUGAUUUUUUGAGCCUUGACAUAUUCCCGGAAGUAUACCAUGCAAUUUGGCAAAAUUUUGAUAACGAGUAG